UCGGUGUAUUCCAUAGUAUAUUGUAUUGUGCUAUGGCAUUUAGUUCAAUGUGUAUUAGAAUAUUUAAGUCAUUGUAAUAAAUUAAAUGUAUUUGGGCGUAUGGAUAAUCACAAUAUUUGUAGACGGUUGUAAUUAAGACAGAACGUUUCAAGAUGCAGACAUUGGCUCUAAUUAGAAGUAACCAAUACAAUAACAUUCACCAGAUAUGGACUGCUUAAAGAUGGAACUUAAAAUGCAGACGAUAUGUUUCAAAAUAUGUAAAUAAUGAUGUUGUGGAGUAUAAUAUAAAUUAUGUUAAUCAUCAAGACUUUGAAAGAGAGGCUAGAAAACCCUAAAAAUCAAUUAUCGUUUUUGGGCAACGUAACCCGACUAAUUAAGUCGUUAUAUUCCGACUCACUAUCAAUCGCAACUAUAGGCCGCUUUGAGGGCGCAGAAUUAUUCGAGUUAGUGAACAACGUCUAUUUGUCAUCAUAAUUUCUUAAAACCGUAAUUUUCUAAAGUGGAUGAAGAUACAAUGUCACAGAAUACAACAUCGAGCUAUGCUUUGGAGACACUCAACGAUGACAUGGCGCAUCGACUACUUCCGGUAAUAAUAAUUGUUGGAUUAUACAUGAUUAUUGGUUUAUUCGGAAAUCCUCUGGUUGCAAUAUAUUAUGGAUUCUAUGCAAAGAACACUCCGUCUCAUCAUUUUAUUCUAUCUUUAUCCUUAUUGGAUUUAGUCAUGUGUUGUGUCGACAUGCCAUUAGAGAUCGUCGAUCUCCGCCUUUAUUAUAAUUUUGAAAGUGUGGCAGCAUGUAAAUGUCUGCGAUUCAUCAGUUAUUUUUGCAGUAUUGCGUCAGGUUGUAUUUUAUUGGCUAUUGCUACAGAUCGUUACCGAAAGAUAUGCCAGCCUUUCAAAAAGCAGAUUACAUUAAAAAUGACAAAAAUUAUGAUAGGAUGUGCAUUUUUGUUUUCAUUAUUUGUGUCGUGGCCGAGUUUGGUAUUUUACACAGUAGUCAGGGUAAACGUCACGAGAGUUCCGGCUUUAGAAGGUUUUGAUUGUACAUUGUUAAAAGAUGAUGAGUACACCGCGUUAGUGACUGCUUACAACAUAUUUCAGUUUGUAUGUUUCAUUUUUGCAAUUACUAGUCUAACUGUCCUCUAUACAUUAAUAGGAAGAAAACUAUAUCAACUGCGAAGUUUUAAAUUCUAUGCGACAAAGGAUACUGCUAGGAGUGAAAAAGGCCAACACAGCUCCUCGUAUACAAGUUACAGUGAUAAUGAAACACCGCGUUCGACGAAUCUACACCGUUUAUCAUCUCACAUGAUAGAAAUUCCGGACGAAAUUGACGACAAACCGCUAGCGACGAUAAAAGUGUUAAGCAGCGGAAGUAGCUACUACAAUAAAAGUAGACCCACUUCGGCAUCGUCUGGAUAUAAAUCCGCAUCGUUUAGUUCUAGAGGGUCAAAGAUUCAUCCAGAAAGAAUAGAAAACAACGAAUCAUCUUUGUCUGAAGUAAGAAUAUCUAGAACAAAAUCAGACGUUACACCUGUACCAAAACGAACAAAGUCUGACGUAACCAAUGGCGUCAUAAAAGGUGUAUCAAUUAGCAGUAUAGAAAUUCCGGAACGAUUACGGUAUAAUGGAUCAGUAAAAUAUGCAUUUUCAGAGAGAUCAAUUAUGAGUAAAUUUGGAUCUUCAAUAUCGAAAGUGUCACAUUUAACUGAGUAUGACGAUGCUUAUUUUACACCCGAAAAUCAAACUGAGACGCGUGACGCAAAUCCAGUUGGUGAUAUUGAUGACAGCGGGAAAAAAUUAAAGGCACAAAAUAUACGCACGACAAAGUAUACUGUCAUUAUGUUGUCAAUAACAAUAACAUUUGUGCUGACUUAUCUUCCCUAUCUCGGCCUAAUAACAUGGCGGACACUUGAAGAGGACAGACUUUCGGAAAUCAUGACAAAAUCAGAACUUGUCGCCCUUGAGUUAUUUUUGCGAUCGUUUUUGAUCAGCAGUAUAGCGAAUCCUUUUAUAUACGGAUUUCUAAAUACUGGUUUUCGGAACUUCGUGAAAAAUGUACUUAAAAAGUUUUGUUGGUGCUGUCCAUGUUUGAAGGAGAAGGUGAACAAAUUCUCGGAAACCGACCAUUCUUAUUCAAAUGAAACAACUAAUAAAACUACGUAGUAUCAAAGGAAAGACAACUGUCUUUAAAUAUUAUUAUAAUAAAAUAAUUUAAUUUUGGAUGUAACACGUCCUCUGAUUGGC